AUAGUGACAUCGAUGUUUUUGCAUCCCUGGACAGAAUAAAAUUGGAAUUCUCGUUGUAAAUUACAAGUUUAAGCACAAACCAUGGCUGCCCCCGCAAAUGCACCAGGCAAGGCCGAAAUGAUCGACCUGACCAAGCUGAGUCCGGAGCAGCUCGUGCAGAUCAAGCAGGAGUUCGAGCAGGAGAUGACCAACAUACAGGAAUCGCUGUCGACGCUGCACGGCUGCAAAGCAAAGUACGCCGGAUCCAAGGAGGCGCUGGAGACCUUCCAGCCGGACUGGGAGAACCGCCAGAUUCUGGUGCCGCUGACCAGCAGUAUGUAUGUGCCGGGCCGCGUUAAGGAUCUCAACAACUUUGUUAUAGACAUCGGCACCGGCUACUACAUCGAAAAGGACCUGGAGGGCUCCAAGGACUACUUCAAGCGGCGGGUGGAGUACGUACAGGAGCAGAUUGAGAAAAUCGAGAAGAUCCACCUGCAGAAGACGCGCUUCCUUAACUCUGUGAUCGGUGUGCUGGAGCUGAAACAGGCGGCCGCCGCCAAGAUGCUCCAGGCCCAGCAGCAGCAAUCCCAGCAGGCGGCCACCCAGAGCUCGUAGGACGACGACAAGGACGACGGGACAGAACAAAGAGCAUUAAAUUAUUAAACUUAAACACGAGAUGUGUGCAUUUAA